CCCCAGGGUCCCAAGCCCUGCAGUGCUACAGCUUUGAGCACACCUACUUUGGCCCCUUUGACCUCAGGGCCAUGAAGCUGCCCAGCAUCUCCUGUCCUCAGGAGUGCUUUGAGGCUAUCCUGUCUCUGGACACCGGGUAUCGCGCGCCGGUGACCCUCGUGCGGAAGGGCUGCUGGACCGGGCCUCCUGUGGGCCAGACGCAAUCGAACCCGGACGCGCUGCCGCCAGACUACUCGGUGGUGCGCGGCUGCACAACUGACAAAUGCAACGCCCACCUCAUGACUCAUGACGCCCUCCCCAACCUGAGCCAAGCACCCGACCCACCGACGCUCAGCGGCGCCGAGUGCUAUGCCUGUAUCGGGGUCCACCAGGAUGACUGCGCUAUCGGCAGGUCCCGACGGGUCCAGUGUCACCAGGACCAGACCGCCUGCUUCCAGGGCAAUGGCAGAAUGACAGUCGGCAAUUUCUCAGUCCCUGUGUACAUCAGAACCUGCCACCGGCCCUCCUGCACCACCGAGGGCACCACCAGCCCCUGGACAGCCAUCGACCUCCAGGGCUCCUGCUGUGAGGGGCACCUCUGCAACGGGAAAUCCAUGACCCAGCCCUUCACCAGUGCUUCAGCCACCACCCGUGCUUCAGCCACCACCCCUCCCCGAGCACUACAGGUCCUGGCCCUGCUCCUCCCAGUCCUCCUGCUGGUGGGGCUCUCAGCAUAGACCGCCCCUCCAGAAUGCUGGGGACAGGGUUCACACACCUCAUUCUUGCUGCUUCAGCCUCUAUCACGUAACUCACUGGAAAAUGAUGUUAAAAUAAGAAUUGCACUCCUGUCCCUCUGGCCUUCCAUCUCUCCCUCCCUUGUGACCCCAGCCUGGUCAACAGGACUGGAAGAAACUGGACAUAGUCACCAGCGUCCCAGGGGAGGGCAAAACAGCCACGUCCUGCCCUGAUGAAGAGCAAUUCUGAUCACAGCUGUUACUCACUGAGCACGAGGCAGGCACCAGGCAUCCCGUAACACGGCUUCCUGUGCUCUCCCUCCAAAGCCUGUCGCAGCUCUAGGAGGGAGCUAUACAAUGAUGUCUUUAUUAGUGUCAUCAUGAGAGGCCCAAUAAGCAGUAUGCCCUAACAGUUAGUAGGCCAGGCUGUGGAGCUAAGCUGCAUGGGUUCAAAUCCCAGCUCCAGCAUUCAGCCUGCAGAGACCAUGGGCGAGUUACUUAAGCCAGGCUCUGGAGCUAAGCUUCAUGGUUUCAAAUCCCAGCUCCACCAUUCAGCCUGCAGAGGCCAUGGGUGAGUUACCUGAGCUCUCUGUGCCAAUAUUUUCUCACCUAUAAGGUAGAGGUGAAAAUAAACUCUAUAACGAUGACAAGAACUGCUUCACAGUAGUUGCAGUGAGGAUUCAAUGAGAUGAACAUUUAGUACUUGGGACACAGCAGUGGCCCAGUAUAAAUGGGCUACUGUCAUAAGCCCUAAGUCACAGGCCAACAAACUGAGAGGCAAAAGCACUUGGUUGAGCUUGUGUAUCUAGUGAGUAGAGAUUCAGGAACCAGAUUCCCAGCCCCAUGAACUGCUAAGCAACCCCACCUCCUAAACACAUGAGUACUGAUUAACUUCACAGAAAAACACACAAGGCAAAGUUCAGCGAGGUGAAAUUCUCCAAGCUGUAAAGAUCAGGGAAGACUUCCUGGAGGAAUUAACCCUUGAGCAAAAUCCUAAAGGAUCAAUAGUAGCUGGCAAAAAGAAGCAGGAGGAAGGGCAUUCCAGGUAGAGGAGACAGCCUGGACAAACGUCCAAGGGAGGAAGGAACACAGGGUGUGCAGCACACUUUCAUAAGUGCGUGAACUUCAUAGAGAUGGGAUCCUUCAGCAUGUUCUCUGUGCACAUGCUUGACCAUGUUCUUUCACAUGCUUUUUGCCACUUGAUCUUUCCAGCAACUCAGUGAGGGAAGCAAAAAAGUAAGUUGCAUCCUGCUAUUGUCUGAAUGUUUGUGUCUCCUCAAAAUUCAUCUUUUGAAACCUAAUAACCGAAGUGAUGUUACUGGGAGAUGGGGCUUUGGGAGGUGGUGAGAUCAUGAGGGUGGGGCCCCCAUGAAUAGGAUUAGUGCCCUUAUAAAAGAGACCCUGGAGAGCUGCCUUGCCCCUUCCACCUCAUGAGAACACAGCCAGCAGGUGCCUAUAAGCAAGAAAGUGGGUCCUCACCAGCCAUCAAAUCUGCCGGUGCAUUGAUUGUAGACUUCCCAGACUCCAGAGCUAUGAGACAUAAAUUUCUGUUGUGUAUAAGCCA